ACAAAGUUUAACAAAUACGACAUCAUUGAACAUACCCACUUACUCUUAACACGUCAUAUAUAAAGUUAGAAUUUAGUGAGAAGUAAAUAAAUAUUUCGUUUAAUUAAAGAUUGAUAUAAAAUGAGCAAGAUGGCACAGGAAGAGGACACCAAUUCUACACUUUUUUAUGCCCGCAAUGAAUAUUAUAUCGGGAAUUUCAUGGGCUCUGUCAACUUUGUUUUGCCCGAACAAGGUGCUGCUGGUUCGGAGCUGUUGUCAUACAUGUAUUUGUCUUACCUGGCCAUAGAUUCGGGUCGGCUGAUUGCCAGUGAUAUUAAGGAGAACAAUAACACACCACUUCUGGCAUUGCGCUACAUAAACGAGGCAUUCGAACAACCAGAUAAAAUCGAGGACAUUUUAAAUAAGUUAACAGAUAAGGUAGCAAGCGAAGAAGAUGAAACUAAUAUCUGGCAUAUUGCCACAGCAAUUGUCUACUGUUAUGAUGAACAGUUUGAAAAUGCGCUUAAAAUUUUGCAUGGAUCAACUAAUUUGGAAUCGAUGGCUUUGUCGGUACAGUGCUUGUUGAGAUUGAAUCGUAUUGACCUUGCCAAACAAUUGGUGGCAAAAAUGCAGGAAAUAUCCGAUGACCACACGUUAACCCAGUUAGCGCAGGCCUGGGUAGCUCUUUCCACGGGCACUGAAUCUAUGCAAGACGCAUUCCACAUCUACCAGGAAUUUUGUGAAAAAUAUAAGCCUACACCUUUGUUACUAAACGGUCAAGCCGUUGUACAUUUGGGUUUGGAAAGGUAUGAGGAGGCUGAAGCUGUUUUGCGCGAGGCCUUGACAAAGAAACACAAUGACUAUGACACAUUAAUUAACAUGAUGGUAUUAGCACAUUUAACCGGCAAAUCUCAAGAGACCAUUCAACGUUACUGGGAGCAGUUACGCCAAUUCUAUCCCAAAAGCCAAUUUGUUAAAAACUUCGACAAGAAGUCGGAUGAAUUUGAUAAGUUGUGUCUGAAGUAUUCCAUAGAAGGUUCUGCCUAAACGUAGGACUAAAAUAAUGUUAUAGCAUAUAAACCAAUAUAUUCCACUACAGUAAAUAAAACCCACAAUGAAAUAAAAUAUCUCUUUUAAUUGUACAAAAAGUCUUAUUAAUAUUUUAUAUCCAACACAAGGUACUAGUAGCUAAAAGAAAAAUAAAUAAAUUGAAUAAAUGAAGAACUUGGAUAAACAAUUGUA